AUGUCGCGAUCACUGCCAAUGCGUUGGUCAGUUGGAGCUCUAAAGCCAUCAGCGUCGCCAUCAGUGUUUCGCCCGCUCUUGGGAAUCGCGUUGUCACAAAUCGGGCAUCACUACCUGCUAUCAGCACAUCCCCACAGGCAAAUUAGGGGAAUUCACAACAGUCGUCGUCCUGACCAUUCUAAACAGCAGCCUUUUCGGAGGUCGCAGAGCCGCACCGCGCCAGACGCUGUGCUUGAGAGCCUGAGACGCCAGGAGUUCAAGCGCAAAGUCGUGGUCUGGAGCUUCUGGGCUAUCAAUGGCCUUGUCUUCUUCGCCUGGAUAGCAGCGAAGGCUGAGGCUGAACAUAACAUCGAGGAGAUCAAGUCGCAGCCCAGGUGGCAACGCGCGACACAGUUAGAACUCACCAUGAUAAGUCCAAAGAUGAAAGAGAUGCUCGAGAAGUGGACCUCGAGUCGCCACAAUCUAGAAGGAGGCCGAUACUAUACUCUUUUGACUGCUGCCGUGAGCCAUCAGGACUUCUUUCAUCUGCUGUUUAAUAUGGUCACCUUCAACGCAUUUAUGACGGUAGCGCUGUACAGCAGUAUCCCUCUACGCACUCUCGCCGGUCUCACCGUUGGCAGCGCCGUCGUUGGCAACCUAUCUGGCCUCGCGGAUCAUGAACGAAAAGGCCAGGUCUCACAUUACGGCUUGGGAGCAAGUACUAUUAACAUGGGUUUGGCAUCAGCUAUGGCUUGUACCCAGCCAUUUGUGACAUUUGCCUUUUUCGGUGUAGUCCCCAUGAAGUUGUGGCAGCUUGCCAUUGGCUUUACUGCGCUGGAUAUGUAUAUGUUAGAUUCAAAAACAAGUUCGACAGGUCAUGCUGCUCAUCUUGGAGGCGCCGUGUUUGGCUUGGUGUUCUACUUUGCUAGGCUCCGAAAGUUUGGUGGAUUGGUGGAUAUCAUCCGCUACUAUGCGACGAGGUCUCGUAAAUAG